AUGAGUGAAGUAAUUAAGCGUCGUGGACCUUAUAAGUCAAUUAGUAAUGAUGUUCGUGCUUCAAUUGUUCAAUCGAUAAGGAAUAAUGUUCCUAAAGAACAAAUUAUUUCUGUAUAUGGAUUAAAGAGGCAAACAUACGAGUCGAUUGAGCGUGUUUGGAUAAAAGAAAAUCGUGUAACAAAGAAGAAGAAAGGUGGAACGGUUCCAAAGUUGAAUGACAGUGACAAAAUUUUGAUCAAAGAAUGGUUGGAUGAAAACAUCAGUUUAACAUUAAAAGAUCUUGUCAACAAAAUCAGAGUUGAAUUGAACAAAAAUGUUUCUCAAGCGACAGUGGAUCGAGCAAUUAAAGGAUUUCAUUACUCCGUCAAACGUGUAUCUUUGGUUCCUGAGCGAAGGAAUGAUGCUACAACAAUUGAAAAGAGAUAUGAUUAUGCUCGUCAGUUCAUUUCAAUUCAACAUCAAAGAGAGAAAAUUUUUUUCAUCGAUGAAUUUGGAAUUCAGAUUCACUCAAGAACGAAUUAUGGGCGAUCACUAAUCGGUAGUCGUGCUAACAGAAAAGUGCGAAGCAUUAGGUCUAGAAAUUACUCAGUUUGUGCUGCCAUGUGUGCUGAAUCGCUAUUUUUUUUCGAGCUAAAAGAUACACCAUAUAAUGCGUCAGAAUUUAAUUUAUUCCUAGAAAAGUUGUUUGAACAUUUCAGUCUCGCCAAUAUUUCUAAUGCUUAUGUCAUCAUGGACAACGUUCCAUUUCACAAAACUCAAAUUGUUAAAGAUCUUUUUGCUAAUAGCGGUCAUAUUCAGAUUUUCUUGCCACCUUAUUCACCAUUCUUGAACCCGAUCGAGAAUUUGUUUUCUCAAUGGAAAAAUUACAUCAAAAGAAGUGAGUCUCAGUCGGAAGAUGAAUUGUAUUCUAAUGUUAAUUCAUGCUCUGAAGUAAUAACAAGUGAUCAUUGUAAAAAUUACUUUAGUAAUAUGGAAUCAUAUUUGAUCAAAUGUUUGGACAAACUUGUCAUUGAAAAUUAA